CGCAGCCGUCGAUACAUGUGGGUAACCCCCGCGCACGGUACUAAUUCACAGUCCCAUCGCAUCGGUGCCAUUUCCAAUACGAGAAAGCCUAAUUCAUCCCACUCAGACACAAUGAACUUCAACAAACUGUUCCUUAUUGUGAUCCUGGCGGUGCUCCUACUGCUGGGACAAACCGAAGCUGGCCGCUUGAAGAAGCUGGGAAAGAAGAUUGAACGGGCGGGCAAGCGUGUCGUUAAUGCCGCUCAGAAGGGACUCCCCGUUGCAGCUGGCAUCCAGGCACUGGGAAGAUAAUUUUUCAUUUGACGGCAGCAACGGUGGCGCAGCGAUGUAAACCAAUUUUCCGGGUCAAUAAAUGUCCUUCUUAACCGAAUUAUGAAGUUUUGAUCUUCGGUGUCGCGGUGGUGGUGGUAGGGUAAAAAUAUACUACAGUGAAACAUGAA